AUGGAUUUUUCUUUCUUUCUUUCUAUCGUUUUUUCUUUCUUUCUUUCUUUCUUUCUUUCUUUCUUUCGUUCUUUCUUUCGUUCCCGCUUUCUUUCUUUCUUUUUUCUAUUUUUUCUUUCUUUCUUUCUUUCUUUCUUUCUUUCUUUCUUUGGUUCCCACUUUCUUUCUUUCUUUUUUCUAUUUUUUCUUUCUUUCCUUCUUUCUUUCUUUGGUUCCCGCUUUCUUUCUUUCUUUCUUUUUUCUUUUUUUUCUUUCUUUCUUUCUUUCUUUCUUUCUUUCUUUCUUUCUUUCUUUCUUUCUGUUCAUAUCUAUCUAUCUAUCUAUCUAUCUAUCUAUCUGUCUAUCUAUCUAUCUAUCUAUCUAUCUAUCUAUCUAUCUAUCUAUCCCAGUCUGUUCAUGUCUAUAAUCUAUCCAAUUCACUAUGUUUUUAUAAAUAAGUUUGUUUAUUUCUCUCUUUCUUUCUCUCUCUCUCUCUCUAUCUAUCUAUCUAUCUAUCUAUCUAUCUAUCUAUCUAUCUAUUUAUUUAUCUAUGUAUCGUUGUUCAUGUCUGUUAAUCUAUCCAACUCACUGUAUUUAUAUAGAUCAGUUUGUACAUCUAUCUAUCUAUCUAUCUAUCUAUCUAUAGAUGAUCUGGGUUUUGUUCAUAUAUUUCAUCUAUAUAUCUCAUCUUCAUAUUCAUUCAUCUAUCUAUCUAUCUAUCUAUCUAUCUAUCUAUCUAAGACUGUUCUAUCUAUCUAUCUAUCUAUCUAUCUAUCUAUCUAUCUCAGUCUAUUCAUAUCUAUCUAUCUAUCGCAGUCUGUUCAUAUCUAUCUAUCUAUCUAUCUAUCUAUCUCAGUCUAUUCAUAUCUAUCUAUCUAUCUAUCUAUCUAUCUAUCUAUCUAUCUAUCUCAGCCUCUCCGUUAUCUAUCUAUCUAUCUAUCUAUCUAUCUAUCUAUCUAUCUAUCUAUCUAUCUAUGA